CCCUGUUGUUAUUAGGUUCACUGACCCAGUGUCGGGCUGAUGUCCUUCAAGGGCGGCCGUUUAUUGUUUAUCAAAAGCGUUUGGAGUAACAUCACUUACCGCUGCUGAUUGCGGCGAUGGUGUGUGCAUACAGCAUUUAAGCUUGCUGUCGCGAAAUUCAGAAGCUGCGAGUUAGCGCACGCACAUUGACGUCAAGCAGCAAGUGCUAACGCGAACUCGCUCAUACCCUCAAUAGCAGAAACUCCAGUCAUUUGCAUGGAUACCCUUUCAUUCCUAUCUGCUGGGAUACAGUAUUGCUGUCGCGCGCCCUCAGGCAAACGGGAGUUUUUGCAACACGAGCGCGCGAUCGCGUGCGCAGAGAAUGUGCGGGCGCCUGUUCGUGGCGCUAUGCUCAACAAGCCUGCCUCGCUCUGCAGCGCGUUGCUGCCGCGCGUAUUCACGGUCGAGGAGUCAAAGACGCGCGGUGCUCGCUCCCGGGGCGCCGUUGCGUUCGUCACCUUUGGCGUUCCUCCCACGGGGGAGAGAGUCCGGACAGCUGCGCAGCGAGGGUCGGCUGUACUACCUGUACACGGUCGCCACUCAAGGACAACCGACUGGUCCCGAGGUGCGUCACUGCGCUUCCCCGGUGCCUGCGGCAGGCUGCCACUCAUCCGCCACUAGUGAUCACAGAACUUUUGUGGUUGACUCGCGGUUGUGAUCUCGUGAACCCGGGUCUCAAGGUCGAACCCGAGCGUCGUCGACGUGUGCUCGCGGCCAAGGCCGCUUCGUGGCGCCUCCCCAGCGGCCGUUUAGUAUACGAUCAGGUAGCGGUACGGAGCGCGGCAGCCGGUUCUCGUGUGCGCACCUGUUGCCGUCGGCAGCAUGUACAAGAAGGAGCGGCCCAAGCUUUCUGUAACUGCUCUGUUGUACGGCUCUGCGGGGCCUGCGGCCUCGUGGCCGAUGCGGCCGCUGCAGCCUCCUGAUAUUUCUCCCCCGGGCAUCCGCGCAGCGCCGGGCUUGAACGGCGGGGCCUCCAACGGGGUCUCAAGCAGCCUUCCGCCGCAGCCGUCUUUCCUGCUGAGCGGCUACGGCGCACCCUCGGCUAGUCGAUCACCGUUGGACGGUCGUCAGCUGAACAACGGACCACCGGCCACUCCGCAGCAGCAACAGCAGCAACAAACCACGCGCUAUCCUCCCAACCACCCGCUGAGCGGCUCCAAGCACCUCUGCUCCAUUUGCGGAGAUCGGGCUUCGGGAAAGCACUAUGGCGUGUACAGCUGUGAAGGAUGCAAGGGCUUUUUCAAGCGCACAGUACGGAAAGACUUGACGUAUGCUUGCCGAGAGGAGCGCAAUUGUGUCAUAGACAAGCGGCAGCGCAACCGGUGUCAGUACUGUCGCUACCAGAAGUGCCUCUCUUGUGGCAUGAAGCGGGAGGCAGUGCAAGAGGAACGACAGCGCACAAAGGACCGUGCUGACAGUGAAGUGGAGAGCACAAGCGGUGGAGCACCGCCCGAGAUGCCCCUGGAACGCAUACUUGAGGCUGAGUUGCGAGUUGAGCCACACACUGGCACCCUGUCAGAGAGUGCCCAACAGCAGGACCCUGUGAGCAGCAUUUGCCAAGCGGCUGACCGCCAGCUUCAUCAAUUGGUCCAGUGGGCCAAGCACAUUCCACAUUUUGAGGAGCUUCCCCUCGAGGACCGCAUGGUGUUGCUUAAGGCUGGCUGGAAUGAGCUGCUCAUUGCUGCCUUUUCGCACCGGUCCAUAGAUGUGCGUGAUGGCAUUGUGCUGGCAACGGGCCUCGUAGUGCAGCGGCAUAGUGCUCACAGCGCUGGUGUUGGAGCCAUCUUCGACCGGGUCCUCACUGAAUUGGUGGCCAAGAUGCGCGAGAUGAAAAUGGACCGCACUGAGCUUGGCUGCCUGCGUGCUGUGGUCCUUUUUAAUCCUGAGGCAAAGGGUCUACGCAGCACUGCCCAAGUCGAGGCCCUAAGGGAGAAAGUAUACGCUGCCCUGGAGGAGCACUGCCGGCAACAGUACCCCGACCAGCCAGGGCGCUUUGCCAAGCUGCUUUUGCGACUUCCAGCCCUGCGCAGCAUCGGCCUGAAGUGCCUCGAGCACCUCUUUUUCUUCAAGCUCAUUGGGGACACCCCAAUCGACAAUUUCCUCUUAUCUAUGCUGGAGGCCCCAUCUGACCCAUGAGGUACUGCACUGCACAAGCUCUCUAGGAGAGUGGUAUGUCCCUGUAUCGUUUUUUGUUGAAUUUUUGUCAGUUACCUCAGGGUGGGAUCAGGGCUCUGGCUCCACAGCCCUGUGUCUCAGCUGUGAGGGGAAAGAAGCUCUGUGAUGCCAUUUUUUAGCAUGUUGACUACUGGCCUGUAAACAGAAAGCUUUCCAUUACUCCUGCACAAAUCAGAGAUAACAACAAUGUGAUAUGAUGUCUGAUGGGCCAGUUUCAGGAAUGGAAGAUUUUAAAGAAAAGAAAAAAGAUAUAGUUGUUAUGAAGCUGUCACUCUUCCAGAUGCCACUUAUAGAGUAAUAGUGUUCUUACAUAUUUCUAUAGGUUUUAACAUUUACAGGGUAUUAAUUUCAAGAAUUGCUAUUGGACAUGUCAGCUUCAUUUGGCCCAUAAAAUUCUUAUAAGAGUAGCUUGAGUGAGUUGGUAGUACGAUAUUUCAAUAAAGUAGUACAGGGUGAGUAGGGACAAGAGAGUAAGAAUACAUACUCGCAAUGCUAGCUUUCAGCCGUAAUUAUUCUUGUGAUGUGAUUUUAUAGAGGAUCAAUAGUGCAAGCGCAGUUAACAUACAUUGAAAUUUUUUUUAAUCGAGCUCUGUUAUGGAUAAUGCAGUUCCCUUAAACAUGCAGUGGUUGCCAAGACUUGCUGCUUCUUUAGCUUCAGUUAUCUUGGGGAAUGGAUGGAUGUAGUUCCCCCUUACAAUGAUAGAUUUAUUCAAGAGUCUGCGCUGCAUGUCAGAAAAUGCAGCGGGGAUUUUGGAUCUUGUUUCACUGCUUUCUAAUGCAAUCAUUCAUGGUUCUUUCAAUUUGACCACAAAACAGCACACGGAUGUCACUGUUUUUCGUUGUUGUAGUACUUUCAAAAGCGACCAUUUGUGUACCUUCCUUUUACUGCGAAGCUGUUAAAGGGAGUGUCACAGGUUUUCGUGCGGCAGUGUGCAAUGACGUGGUUGAUAUGAAAUGUAAACGCGACACAUGUGCCAGAACCCCGAAUGGUCUUAUAAUGUAAUGAUCUUUGAUUAUAAAACAAAAGUUACCUUGUGGAUAUAUAAUUCAAAUAAAAAACAACUUAUAUGCGCAGUUUUUUUAAGCAGUAAUCCGCAUUAUACCGGCCCCACAUUGGAGGUCAGCCAGGAGUUUGUACGGCUUCAGCAAUGAAAGCAGGGUGCUGCCAUGGUGCUGCAAUGCAGCCGGCAUAGGAGCCAUCAAUAAGACCAGCCAGUCAAGGCCUCGCCCGAAUGCAGCAACGUAGAAGCAGCUGCUGCUUAUGGUUGCGGCGGUGAAGCCUAAUGUCUUGGUGCUGCAACACACCUUUGUGGACACCAUGAAUAAGACCAGCCAGCCACGACCACGCUCAAUCAUAGCAGCAAUUCUGCUGCAUUGCUGCUGCAUUUGAGUGAGGCCAUGAGCCAGCAGAUGGACCCUUAGUACUUCCAAAGAGUGUCCUUGUCUUUGAUGUAUCAGUUGUCAGAUUGGCAUACAUCUGUGAAGAAUCUUUGGCUAACAUAGUGCAGAUUGCAAGAAAAGCAAAUGCAACGCACAUGCUGUUAUUCUGUGGUUGCUGCUAUGUUGAUUGUACAGGUAGUUGUGUGAAUAAUUGCCUAGGAAAGCACCGCAGCAAUAUUGAGAAACAGUGGUGAACCUCUUUAGCUUUAAUGCAGGGUUUGCAAAUGUCGGCCAGUCUUUGAUAAAUUUCAGUAAUCUGCAAUGCUGUUGAAGCAGUAAAGAUAGUAAGCUUGGGUGGCCAUUGUGUGUCAGGAGUUGUUUUUAUAAUAAGCACAUUAUUGGGAAGUACUAAUUAGACUCCUUUAGAGUAUACGUAUAUUCACUUCACUUGUGCAGAUGCUUUCAUAUGAGGGUAUUCUUGGCUAACAAGAAUAGAUGGGAGCUAGAGAUGUGUCCAGGGGUGGGACUGCUGGGCCAAUUGCGCCAUUUUGAUACAAACGCAAAUUCCUGCGUCAAACUGCGCCAAACACAGAAAAUUGUCCGAAAUUGUACCACGCUGCGCCAGAACGGCUGCAGCAUGUGUGCUCCGGCAGUGGUUGCGAACAGCGAGCGGAUCGUUCCUCAAAAAAAGAGUGCCGCUGUUCACAACCCGCACACUGCGCGAUGGCAACUCCUGUGCAGUUUCUCGUAAUUUUUGCACUUAUAACACUGGACUUUUUUUGGCACUUCCGGCAAAAGGCCGGCGCACGCGUGGCCACUCCCGGAACAGCCAGGGCAGUUUUAUUUAGAGUGUACUACAAUAUGGUUGAGUGGGCCGAGCAGUGCAGCAGCAGCAGCGAGCGAAUUGACCAUCGUGCUGCCUCUCGCUUCAAUGUGAACUAAGCGGCAAAAACAGAGCGCACAUGAAGUUAUCAGCACUCACACUCUGUCCCCAUCGCACAUCGUUUUCAAUAUAUGGCCCGCGCGGCCAUGCCAUAUGCAGCAGCAGCCCAAGUAGAACCUUGCCCCCCCCCCUCCCUUCCCUCAGUUCCUUGCGCACAACGGAAGACAGUGUGCUUCAUCACUGCUUGCCUCCCUUGCGCGUGCAAGAUUGAGCUGCCAUCGUCGGCUCACCCUCACACGCUUUCACUCGCUCAUACAGCAUAUGGCGCGCGGCGAUAUUGUUAUCGCCCCUGGACUUUAUACGGAACAUCGCGGCGUCGACGAAAGAAAUGCGCCUUAAGUGUCCAUAUAUACUUUAUAUUGCAAUAAAAACAUAUUGCAAUAGUUUUAUGUUAUACCAGCCCAGAGUUGAUUGCGGCUCUCUGGGUCUGCGGUGACAUAUGGCGACCCAGAUAUUAUGUUACUGCGUUGAAUGGACCGCAUCAUUUGAGAACAUUUUCCGCUAUCAUCACGAGCGUCGGCGCGGGAAUAUAUAGGUUGAUCGUAGUGCUAUUGAUAUAUUCGGCGUUACAGAAAAGCAUGCGCCGCACCGCCGCUCGACCGACUCUUCGAUAUUCUAGUACGCUAUAGCUACAAAGCGCGCUUCUACCUCGCGCUUCGGUUUGGUUUAUUCGGUGUUUCGUCAUGGUUUCAAAGUGCGCUGUCAUAUUCCAUUAUUACUCCAAAAUUCAAAUUGGCCUGCUCCAAACUGCUUCAAAAUGAGUAUUUAUCUGUUCCAAAUUGCUCCAAACUGAAAUUUAUUGUGCUUCAAGCUGCUCAAAAAAGACAAUUUUGUGUGCUCCAAAACGCAAUUUUACUUGCUCCAAAAAUUGCUCCAAAAUGACUGGGCAGUCCCACCCCUGUGUGUCUGUAUCUCCUUAUUUUCUUGUCCUUGUUCAUUCUAGGCUUUGCCUAAAGUAAAUUUUGCAUGUGCUCUAAUUUAUUGAGGUCAUACCUGGAAGAAUAUUGAUGACACAGAUAUAAUGCCUGAUUUAUACUAUAAAUGGGCAUUUGUGGCCAGUUUUGAGGUCACUUUUUCUAACAGGAAAAGGGACAUGGCUCUUAGGACCUUUUUCUCUUGCAAAAUCAGUCACGAGCAUUCAUAAAAAAGUAUUUCAAGAGGUGUGUGCCAAGCAAGUAUCCACACCAAGUGCAAGAGUCAGUUAAGGAUGAACCUUGGCAGUGAUACAGAAAACACAUUGUGUACGAUAUUCAGGCAAAAUUAUAAAAGUGUGCGUUAAAGGCCAAUUGCAACGAAAUUGUGGACUGCGUAAAAAGACUAGUUUCAGAAAGGGUAGAUAGCAGCCUCCGUGCAAAAUUUAAUUUUGAAAUACGAGAGGAUGAAUUACGAAAUGCUUGCAAAAAUAGACGUUUUUGGUUCCAAAAUUCGGGAGGAAAAAAACAAACGCUGCAAAUACUGCUCACCUGAAGCGACACAUGGCUAAGAACACAGCUCCUCGGCAUGACCUCCAAGAUUAGGCAGCGCGCUGCAAAAUCUCAGAGGCAGCAUGCUGGGACUUUCAUCACAUCUGCUAACCACCAGGUAUAUGCAUUGUCUUCUAAGGUGCUGUUUAAAGGCUACUAAUAAGAAAAUUGUACAGUUAGCAGCACUGCAGUUUUGCAAGGAUUGCUUCAGUGUAUAGACUACUCAUCUAAUAACCAAUUUAGCCAAAGUGAAAUUUCGGUGUAGUUGGCUUCUUACAAUUGCUGGGAAGUACAAAAAUUGUCGAGUCUUGUUAAUUUCAAAUAGCACUUGCCAUGACGUUUCAAUCUCUGCAAAAUAACAAGACAAAUCGAAAUGAAACUUUGAAGUAGUCGAGUGGGUGCAUUGCAGGACAUACUGAAGAAGUUACAAAGAUGUGGUAGAAUUGGGGGAGCUGCAAAAAAAAUUAUCAAAGCUGAACUAAUAAGUGUGCAGCACACAUAUUAUAGAGAUACCAAAAUGAUAGCAUUAUGAAAAUUAAAAGGUGGAUUAGAAUGAAACUGCGGGAAUAUCUACAGGAAAAAUGUCAAGUGUAUUGGCUGAUUAAGAAAUUAACAAAGCACUGCAGGGCCCAAAUGCUGUAAAAAGAAGUGAAAUUAAUUUAUGCUAUAAGCAGGGGAAUACAAGCUUUGAGCUGCAAUUGUGCACAGUCAUAGUGCUAUGAGCCAAUUGAAAAUUGCUUUAUGAAAACAGCAAUGUCCAAUUAAGCAUGGUAAUAAGAGUGAGGUGCUCUGGGUGAUGGCAGCAGAGAAGGGAUUACAUGAGCAACAUUUGUCAUAGGAAUGAAAUUGUGUCCAGGUGGCGCAGUUUGCCAUGGUGGCAUGAUCCUCUUUGGCGGAAAGGUGCGACAGCUUCACUUGUUUUUUAUCUCUGAUUCUGCACAGUCAUGUAAGGCUGCCAUAAGUUUUUAUUGAUGGAUUGAUGUUGUGAAGACCUUGGCUGUAUAUAUGUAUUUUGCCAUGCUAAAUUCAAGUUAUAUGCAAUCAGUUCUCUUGCACAGCUAAUAUUUUGCAGUCAUAUCAUGUAUGCUGUCUGGAAGUGAACUAUUUAUUAAUGCUGUGUCGCAUGAAAGAGACUGGCAUAAUGAAAGAACUGUAUGUAUCAGAAGGUCCAGUAAAGCAAGAAUGAAUGUUCUAAACUAUUUGGAACCAAGUCAUAGCAUCUAAAACUCUAGUGAGCAGAUUGACAUCUAAGGCAGAUGUGAAUCAUGUUUCCUUGUGAUAGUUAUGUGUUUUUUAGUUUUAUUGCAUUCUCCAAAUACAACAAUAAAAGGGACUAUAACAGUAGGUGUACGUUUCCCCAAAGUUGCAGUAUCAAUAUUGCUACUUCGAUAAAAGAAGGAAUAAUGUUUUCAAGUACUGGGACGUUUCAGCUAGCUUGUGCCAAAGCUUUUAAAAAGGCAGGUGCAUGCUACACAAAUGCAACCAACUAAACAUUGUUCAGUGUUCCCUUGAGCAACUCAAAACUUUUUGGGAGCAGCCAAAUUAACAGGUUAGUUAACAUUAAAGUAUUGGUUUAAAUGCAAAAUCUUCAGUUGAGAAGUUGUGGUGUGUAUUGAGAAAUAUUCAAUGUUUCCAUGAAGAUAGCCAUUGUCAGUUUCGUUUUUCUAAAAUCCUAAGAAAGCAUGUGACAUCUGAGAAGGUAGUCGCGCAGCAAUGUUUAUACCCCCACACAAGUUUCAAAUUAAUAAUUUGCGUUGCAUGCAGAUAGAUUGUACGAACAGGCUUUAGGGAAAAGCAGUGGUUCUGCUUCGAUGCAAAGGUCUUGACCAUCUUCUCAGAUGCGUUGCCAUCCACUGUUUUAGCCUCCUCACCAUUUAUGAAGUCUUUUAAUAGCAGAAACAGUGAUAGAGUCUCAGGAGUUGCCGUGCUCUUUGUCGUCCUCUUUUGUGGUCUCAUAGUGUCUGUAGGCGUGUUGCUUUGCCAAUAGCCAAUAUGGUUGUGUUCAUCACUUAUGGCCUAUUAUUGUGAUAGCUAUUAUAGGGACACUCAAGGUGUGUUCGCAUUCAUGCCAAUGGCGGCACUGUUGGCGUAGGCGUGGUUAUUCGUACCCUGUCAACGGUGCAUACACGGCUUGCGUGCAGAGAGGGUUAGAGGGUUCCGAGAGACGCGGAGUGCAUUUGGCUGCAAAAACGACGAAGCGAAGUGGACGCACCAUCAAUGCAAUGCUCAGUCUUCUCCGUAUCGGAGCCAGGGCAAUGUUCUGCCUUCAGCUGGUGGCAUGAACAUUGUGCGCACACACACUGUAAGUGCUCUAGCGUUCCUGCUGAGCUGCUGUGUGUAUGCGCUUGCGCUUGUCUGAGCAGCACUAAACAUCGAGGUAACAUUAUCUAAUAUUUCACUGGGCGCUGACUAAUGCCAAUGGUUUCUUUUCAAUCGCAUCUCAUGCACCAUCGAGGUGCGACAUUUGCAACGCCACUGGCAGCGCUGCUCAUCAUGCCAGUGUUGUGAGACGCCUUGUAGCUGCCGUGGCACUGUUCCUUCUGUCCAUACGGAGUUGUCUUGCAUGCUGCCAAGCGCUAACAUGUUGCACCCAUGUAUAGUUAAAACACCGUCUGAGGAGUUCAAGUGCAGGACUAAACCUUGCUAUGGCUGCCAGUUCUUCACCCUUCGGGCAAAGCUGCCAAACCUUUUCGUACAUCCUGUUUGCGUACAGCUGCAAUAAUAUUAAGCAUCUUUGAGGGCAUUACCAUCGCUCCACAAAACCGCCUAGUCACAUGGUCUUUUUUAUUUUUUGGAUUUUGCAUGCUUUCUCUGGAGCUCGAAAAAAUCAAACCUGCAACAAACAUCUUCAUGAAAACAAAUUAUUAAAUGUUUGUCAGUACGCUCUCUUACUUAUUCAUUGAAGAUUUUGAAUUAAGACGACUGUUCGCAGGAUAGCUAAUUAAUCUUUGCUAAUUAGUCAAUCAGGUUCUUGGAGAAACAUUGUUUAAGUUGCUCAAGAGAACAUAACAAUGCUGUCAGUUGUGUUUGCUUAAAGGGGUCCUGAAACACUUGUCGAACUAAUCAUAGAAUGGCCUCACUAUUAAAGGACGUCGUCUUACAAAUCUCAUUCAGCAAAAGUUUUUCAAAUCUUUCAAGUAUAAGUGGAGUUAUCGCACCGAUACACAGCUUUCUCUCUCUUUUCGUCGCCACUAGCACGCUGGAAGCUAUGCAGUAGAGAUGCCAAAGGGACAAAGCCCUGCACAAAAGUUGAAUGUCUCGGCGGCGAAAGGGCUUGUCGCGGCACCCCGUGGCAGCCAUGGUAGACUACUAUGCAGCCCGCCACUGCUAUCUCGAAGGCCACGUGCAGCAGACGCAGCUACACACAACUGUCGUGCAUAGACUGGCAGUGCAAAGAUGAAAUGAUUUUUCAGUCCUUUUGAAAUUGCAGAUGCAUAUGUGUUUCACUUAUUUAACUAAAAAUUAGCAAUUAUGCAUUACUGAGAAUGUUCUCGUGAUCAUGAAAUCAGCCAACAGCUGUUGGUGGGUCCAGCUGCUUGUGAUGACCCUGCAUUACGACAUUGUGAAAGUGAGAGCAAGCAAUUUUUCGCUGUUUUUGACCCAAGAUUGUAAAUUCCGUGCUGCAUGUAGUGCAAUAAUAUUUGGCUCACGUGUUCACAAGAGCCUUUUGUACAGAUUAGCAAUGUUUUCUUACUAUGAUUUAAAUGUGUUUCAGGGCCUCUUUAAAGAGGAUAGAGUAAAGCGGACAUAAGUGCAUUGCAUUUUUCUGAACCACUUGUAGCAAGUGAGCACAAAAUCGUAGAUUCAAUCUCGGCUGCCGCGGCUGCAUUCUGAUGGGGGCGAUAGGGCAAAACGCUUGUGUACCGUUCAUUGGGUGCACGUUAAACAACCCCAGGUGGUCAGAAUUAAUGGGAAGCCCUCCAUUACAGUGUGCCAUCAGAUCAUAGUUUUGGCAUGUAAAACCACAGAACGUCACUUGUAGCCAGGAAAAUGGUUGUAAGCAAAAAACCUAUUUUGCCAUCUCAGGCAGGAAAUGUUUUGGUAAAUGUCAUUUAUGUGCUUACAUAUGUCUUGUUGCACUUUUCAUUGCUUGCAUAUAAAGUAACUAGCAUAAAACAUAUUUUCAACAAUAGCAACAAUGGGCUGUAUUUCUUUGUAAGUAUUGUUUUUCUUCAAUCUUGCACAUUUCUUAUCAUCCGUCUACCUGAGCUACUGAUUCUGCCAGCAUGGUGACAUGCGAGCCUACAACGAAGGGCAAAAAGACUGAAAAAAGAAUUGCUGCAUAGUAUAGCCCCAGGUAUUGUGAUACUACUCUGAAACUUGACAUCAUAUGUUGUAAUAGUGUAAAAACAUUUUUUGGCUGUGCAAUAUAACUGAUUGCGUAUUUGAAAUGAGCGUGUUGAGAUAUAGGGGGGUCAAUGGCACAAAUUGCAUCAAAAUCGAUGUGAAAAACAUUUUAAGACACUGUGGUCCAGUGGGUGUGGCUGGUACAUCCUUGAAUUGAUGUACCACAACAUAUAUGUGGUAUUUUUUAAUGUAAUUGCACACAAGUGCAAAAGUUUACAAUAAAAACACACACAGAAAAUAUAAUUUUUGUGCAGUUUUCAGUCCCCAAGAGCCAUGUUCCCCUUGUUAAGGAUCCCCCUGAAACGGUGGCAGUAAAUCAGUAAGUGGUAGGACCGAAAUGAAUUGUGCGAACUGUUAAUGUAACGCUUUUUACUACGCAGAAAUAGAUAAUGUUAAAGAACUUAACAAUGGUGUUCUGCCUGCCAUUAUAGCAUGAAUAAAGAGAACUACAGUAUCAAGCUGUUGAAACAUAAGCCACCCAUUGAACUCGGCCAAUACUGUUAGGUAAAGAGCUCUGCUUCUGGUACUUGCUUAGAAGUGGUUGUCUUGUGUGCCAUUGCAUCUUGGUGCUUGCUCAAUGAUUUGCUGUACCAUCCAAUCUUAUGUCACCCUUUAAUGGUCCUUUAGGAACAGCCGAGGUCUAGCGCAAAUCAACAGGUAGACCUUCAGAAACAUGUCUCUCUUUUUAAUAAGGAGGCAUGUGCCAAUGAAACUUUGGCUGACACUCUGCUCUUGUGUUGUUCUAGAGAUUUCAUUUGCAGAAAGAAAAAUUAAAAAGGCAAGGACAUUUGAAAUUAAAUGCAUGAAUUGAAGGCAUUUUUUAACAAACUUACUUAAACAUGAAUCAGUCCUUACUGAUUCCUUUUUUUAUGAUGUCAAUUGCCCUUAAUUUAUAGCUGUCCUGUCAAUUUUAGUUAUACAAACCUAGCCUGAAUGGGAGCAUGCUGUGACACAUUUUGUUAAAGUGUUAUGCUGGUUCUGUUAACUGUCACAUGGCCAUUCCAGGUUGACUGUAUACGGG